UGGGAGGAUCGUCGCUUUAUUUUGUUUUGGCGUGGAGAUAUCCGUUUUUCAAUAGAUUCUCGACUCUUUUAUAAAGUAUUUUAAAAGAUGUCCUCGCCCCUAUCGAAGCCUCAGAUCAUCGCACACAUUCAGAAGAGUCUGAACUACACGGUGUUCGACAGCAAAUGGAUUCCGUGCAGCGCCAAGUUUGUGUGCUUGGGGAACUUUGCCAGAGGAACAGGGGUGUUCCAAAUUUAUGAAGUUCAACACGGAGAGGCUCAGCUCAUAAAAGAGGUGGAGAAAGCUAAACCCAUAAAGUGUGGGACGUUUGGAGCCUCCUCUCUUCAACAAAGACACAUGGCAACCGGAGAUUUUGAUGGAAAUCUCCACAUAUGGUACUACAACUGUCUAUUUACACCAAACUUCUACUUUGUCUCUGUCAUCCACAGGAAUCUGGAAGCGCCCGAUGUGCCGGUUUACACCACAAAGGCCCACAAAGAGAUCGUGAACAGCAUCGACGGGGUCGGUGGCCUUGGAAUUGGCGACGGUGCCCCUGAGAUCGUCACGGGAAGUAGAGAUGGGACAGUAAAGGUGUGGGAUCCCAGGCAGAAGGACUUACCUGUGGCCAACAUGGAGCCUGUGGAAGGAGAGACCAAGAGGGACUGCUGGACUGUUGCCUUUGGUCACGCCUUCAACGAUCAGGACCGAUGUGUGUGUGCCGGCUACGACAAUGGCGACAUUAAACUCUUCGACCUGCGGAACAUGUCUCUACGAUGGGAAACCAACAUUAAAAACGGGGUAUGCUGUGUGGAGUUUGACAGGAAGGACAUCAACAUGAACAAACUGGUGGCCACCUCACUGGAAGGAAAAUUCCACGUCUUCGACACGAGGACUCAGCACCCCACCAAGGGCUUUGCCUCCAUUUCCGAAAAGGCUCACAAAGCAACCAUCUGGCAGGUGAGGCAUUUGCCCCAGAACAGAGACAUCUUUAUGACUGCAGGGGGAGCAGGAAACCUACACCUGUGGAAGUAUGAGUACCCCGCACAGCGAAGCAAGAAGGACUCUGACGGAGCGGAUGUGGGCGUCGCCGGGUCGGUUAACCUCUUGCAGAACGCCACUCUGUCCACUCAGCCAAUCGCCAGCCUGGACUGGAGCCCCGACAAGCAGGGCCUCUGCGUGUGUUCGGGUUUCGACCAGACCGUCCGCGUGCUCAUCGUCACCAAACUCAACGUGGCAUAACGGAAGCUGCCGGGAAGAGCAAGAAGGAGCGUUUCCAUCCAUCCGCCGGUUUUGGGAAUCGGAUACGUUUAGAUGUGCAGACAAUUCAAAUAUCUGAAUUCAAAUAGAGGGUGAAGAAAUUACUUAUACACCUGCAUGUCAAGGUGAAGAUUUAUUCUCGCUAAAAUUCCUGUCUUUCAUCCAGCGAUCCAUGUACAUUUUGUUACAGUUCUGUGUUCUAACAUGACUUUUUUUUUUUAACAAUGAAAACUCUUUCUAGAUUAAAAGUGUUCUUUAAAAAAAAAAA